AUGUCAACCACCAGCACCGACGACGAAGCAGACUUGUCCUGCGGCGGAGACGGCACGGAGACUCGAAUACCAAAACGCAAACGCAGAAAAGUUGCCAUAAUCUUCGCGUUCUGCGGUGUAGGAUACCAAGGGAUGCAAAGGAAUCCCGGCGCGAAAACCAUCGAAGGCGAGCUCGAAGAAGCCCUGUUCCAUGCCGGAGCUGUGCCAGAGACUGAACGAGGCAAGCCGAAACUAUACGACUUCGCACGAUCUGCACGGACCGAUAAAGGAGUGAGCGCUGUGGGACAAGUGGUCUCCGGUCGCUUCUACGUUGACCCGCCUGGAUUCGUCGAUCGGCUCAACGCCAAUCUCCCUGAUCAGAUUAAGGUUUUUGGUUACAAGCACGUAACGCGGUCGUUUAGCUCGAAGAAGUUCUGCGAUCGGAGGAGGUAUGUGUAUCUGAUUCCAGUGUUUGCUCUUGAUCCAAUCACGCAUCGUGAUAGAGAAGCAGUAAUGGCUAGUUUAGGUUCAGGAGAGGAAUAUGUCAAAUGUUUCGAGUGUUCAGAGAGAGGUCGUAAGAAUAAGAUCCCUGGUGUUCUGGGCAAUUGCAAAGUCAAUAACUUUGAUACUAGAACUGAGAUCAAGAGUGAAGCUUUGAGUUCUAAGUUACCUAAUGGAGAAAAUAGCUUAAGCUCAGUAGAUGUUGAAGUAGCUAGGAGGAUACAGGAAGAUGGUUGUAAACAAGAAUCUGCGGAGAAGAUGAAUGGAGAAGGAAACGAAAUGGCUGAGACAAAGAGUACGUUUUGUUACGGCGAGAAGGAGAAGGAGAGAUUCAGUAGGAUAUUGAGUUACUAUGUUGGGUCUUAUAAUUUCCACAACUUCACUACAAGGAUGAAAGCAGAUGAUCCAGCUGCGAAUCGUAACAUCAUCUCCUUCACUGCGAAUACUGUCAUUAAUCUUGAUGGGGUUGACUUUAUCAAGUGUGAAGUCAUUGGCCGAAGCUUCAUGCUUCAUCAGAUUCGGAAGAUGAUGGGUCUUGCUGUGGCAAUCAUGAGGAACUGUGCUCCUGAAUCACUAAUCCAGACUGCUUUCAGCAAGGAUGUGAAUAUAACUGUACCAAUGGCGCCAGAAGUUGGACUCUACCUCGAUGAAUGCUUCUUCACCUCUUAUAACACAAAUUUUGAAGACAGUCAUGAUCAAGUGUCCAUGGAAGCAUACAGGGAAGAAGCUGAAGCAUUUAAACUGAAGCACAUCUAUUCUCAUAUCGGCUCUGCUGAGCGCAAAUAUGGAUCUGUGGCUCUUUGGUUGCAUUCCUUGAACUACAGAAACUAUCCUGAUCUAAAUUAUGGCAGAAAUGGGCAUAACACAGAGCAAGUUCUUGUCUAUAAGAAGGUUGAUGAAACCCAAGGCAUUACAGAACCAGAGCAAGUCUCUAAGCAAAAUGAUGAAAACGCUCAAGUCACGACUUCCAUAGAGACGAGGACUCUGGCUUAA